AUGUUCCCAAGGGACAUUGCUCUUCCAGACGAUCUCAAAUUUGAUGUUGCAGGGCCGUCGGAAUGGGAAUACGCGCCUGGCGAUACUAUAAUAGCGAAUUUGAUGCGCAAGAGCCCACUUGUUACUCCUGAAUGCACAGUGAGGGUUUGGCUUGCAGGGCGUGUGAGAACGAAGAUCUGGCGAGACAAAGAUUCACGAUAUGCUCCUGAUGUUUACAAUGAUCAUUGUGAUCUUUUCGAUGGCGCGCAAGAUGUUGUUCGCGAUGGACCGCUGCACCACCCGGAGAAUAGUAACGACCCUCUUAGCUGGCCUAUCUCAGUCCAAAUCCCCACCAUGCCAUCACCUUCAAUAGGAAAAGGCCACACCGACGUAACGAGCUUCACACCCCUGGAGAACCCUUCUACAUUCCUAGCUGGGACGUUCAGCGCACAUGGAAGUGACUACCCCAACAGAUUGGAGGGUGUGGUGGAAUAUGCAAUCCACGCUCGUCUGAACUACAUUCACCACGGAGCCCACAAAGUCUUCUACACAACCUUGCCAAUCACGCUUAGACACCCCGUGGACUCAAGCGUUCGUCUGGGCGAGUCCAAAGAAUGUCGCAUUCAUCAACCGCUAAAGAUCCAAAGCCAUCGCCUACUACCGGGAAUGGAAGACGCAGAGCUAUCUCUUGGGCAGAAGGCUCGCAAGCUAUUUAAUUCGUCUAAAGUACCCGAAUUUCGGUAUGAGAUUACUAUGCAAAUGCCGACAGCGAUCCAGCUCAACAACCGCGAGCCUUUUCCCUUGGUCUUCGGUAUUUUUGCCCGCGAUGAUAAAACAAGUGAAGGCAUCAUGGCUCAUCCGCAGAAGAUUCAAAUCAACUGGGUUAAUCUGCGUCUCCAUUGUACGACUGGUUUAAUGGCACCGAGUAAUUUGCGAGAAAAUUACGCACAGAAGGACCAGGAGACAAAUAAGAUGAAUUUACACCUACACAAGGUCUUUGAUGAGCUCGAGGCUCCACUCAUGGUAAGUUCCACGGGGAAAGGAAACGAGGCUAUCCAUUUGGGCAACAUGUUCCAGCUCAACUUAAAAUCCGAUGGGUUGUAUACUGCAGACAAACGUGUGGUUCGCUGGCCCAGUCUCAACAGUAUCUAUCCCGAUUUCACAGCAUACGGUAUCAAACAUACACAUUUUCUGGAACCGUCCGUCAAUCUUUCAAUCGCAGGGGAAGAAAAAACCGUCAAAGUCAAGCCCCAGACACUGCAGAUUAUAGGAGCUCCCUGA